CCACACCCGCGCGCCCGCGCCUCAGCCAUGUGGGGCCGCUCCCUCUGGCACGCCGCGCCGCCCCUCCACCGCCUCGGCCGGGUUGCGCGGCCGCGGCCGCGCGGCGACGGCGUGCGCGGGCGGGCUCGCGUGAGCCUCUGCUGCUGCUGGGACGAGGCCUUCCGGCCCCUGCGCGACCAGUUCGUGGCCUCCGUGCGGGACACUGACGUCGAGAUGCGCGAGGCCUAUGUGGAGGACAUCGGCGCCAAGCCCCACCGCGCCGCCGGUGGCCCAGCGGUCUACGUUUUCAAGCUUAGGCACCUGUUGGAGUCCCUCGAGGCGGCCGAGCCAGGGUCGUUCGUGAUAUUCUCUGACGUGGACGUCCAGUUCUUCACCGCGGUGUUGCCAGACGUGCAGGAGGCGAUGGCGGGGCUCGACGCGUGCUUCCAGCGCGAGUGCCACGACGUAGGCGUCAACAUCGGCUUCAUGGCCGUCCGUCGCACAGGCCCCAGCCUGGCGUUCUGGCAGCGGGUCCUCGAGCUGGUGGAGGAUCGCGGCGGUCUUGACCAGAGGGUGGUCAACGACCUGCUCUACACGGGGUACGCCUCCACCUUGGGCAUGCCGUGGGGGCGGCUGCCGCCGCGUUUCUGGGCCUCCUCGCAGGCCUUGAGCGGGCCGCCGCCGCAGAGGCUGGCGGUGCACCACGCCAACUGGGUGACCCGCGCGGGCCCCACGUGGGCGGCCGCGGAGGCGGGCGGCGCCAGCGGCUCCUCCGACCCGCGGCCGAAGCUGGCUCAGCUCGCGGCCCUGCGAGCCGCCGUUGAAGCCGGCGCCGCCGGUUCAGAGGCCUCUGCUCGGCUGGCCGCCGCGCUGGCGGAGGACGGCGCGCUCGAGAGGUACCAGCGGCGCUACUUCGGAGACGCAAGGUGCGGGCCGGAGUGGGCGUCGCUUCCGCUCGGCCAUCCCUGCGCGCCUGGGGAGCCCCAAGUCCAGGUGGAAGCAGCCAGACCCUCUCACGGCCGCAGGGACUUGAGGCGCCCGCAGCGGGGCAAUAUGUACAUGGUCCUCCUCCUCAUCCUCCUCCCCGCCUGA